CUAUUUUCUGUUACAUUGUUAUUUGCGGCAGCCAUUCACUGCCAUUGAUUUGAAAUUUGUUUAUAUCGCUGCGCCACCGCUAUUUGGACCCCUGAUUUUGAUUGAUAUUAUUUUGAUUCCAUUACUAAAUUCUGAUUAAUGGGUUCUUUUAAAAGUUUUUAACAUCUAUUAGCAGGAGCUAUGAUUCGAUUGUUUAAAGUAAAAGAAAAGCAGAGAGAAACUGCUGAAAAUGCAAAGGAUGAAGCCGUCAGGAGAAAGCAAACUGCGGGCGAGUUGCGUUUACACAAAGACAUUUCUGAGCUAAACCUACCCCAAUCCUGUGGCAUAACAUUUCCUAAUGGAAAGGAUGACCUGAUGAACUUCGAGGUUUCGAUUCGACCUGAUGAAGGAUAUUAUCACGGUGGCACAUUUUUGUUCUCCUUCAAGGUUUCUCCCAUCUAUCCACAUGAGGCACCCAAAGUUAAGUGCAAGACAACGAUCUACCAUCCAAAUAUUGACUUGGAAGGAAAUGUUUGCCUUAACAUCUUACGUGAAGACUGGAAGCCCGUGCUCAAUAUAAACACAAUAAUCUAUGGACUAUAUCAUCUGUUUACGGAACCAAAUUACGAGGAUCCUCUAAAUCAUGAUGCUGCUCAAGUGUUGAGGGAUGAUCCAAAGUUGUUCGAGUCUAACGUGAGAUGGGCUAUGAAGGGUUGCCAUAUCGGAGACACCUUUUACUCACAGUGUAUCUAGCUUUUGCGAGUUUAACGUAUGUGGCUGAGGGCUUUAGAAUGUGACAUUCACCGUAAGCUCAUACUAAUAUGAUGUCGUUGCUGUUUGCUUUGGUGUAGCAGGAAACCGCAUGUGCUUGUUCUAUAUGGAAUUGGACUUCAUCUUUGCAGCUCUCCUUUUAAUUACAAUAUUUGAAAAACCAUUACUUAUAGCUUUGUAAUUGUGUAUCUUUGCCCUGCACCCCUACCUUUCUUUGAAAAUACCCAAGAUUCGUGUGAUUUUCACACAAGGGCUUCUCUGCUUCUAUAUUAUAAUAACUUGCUUCCUUCUUUGUUUCAACACAA